AUGUGUGAAUAUGAAUGCACUUCAAGAGAACUUCAACUGAAAAAUCGUAUUGCUGAAUUGGAGAAUAAGCUUCAUGAUACGGACAUGAAGACAGUUACCAAAGAAGUGCAUAGAAUGAGCUGCAAAUUAAAAGAUUUUGUUAAGGAACACAGUUGUAAACAACCCAAUGCUGAAACUGAAUAUAGUAUAUCUAAAAUUCAGCAAGAGUUCGAAACGCAAAUUAGACAACUCCAAAUUGAUAUUGAUAGCAAAUCUUGUAAUUUAUCAGAACUUAAAAAGAAACUGAAAGAUAAAGAUUUGGAAUUAGACAAACGCCAUCACGAACUGUGUGAAGCAAAACAUAUGAUAGGAAAAUUAAAAAACCAGUUUGAAUGUGAACAGAAUGAAUUGAACGAAAAAAUAAACUGUAUUAAGUCUGAAAAUGAAAAACUAUUAUGUGAGAAUCGUACAAUAAAUCAAAGAUUAGCAAAUAUACAGUUUCAAAAUAAACAAUUGAAAUCGCAGUUGAAAGAUAUGGAAGGGAAAUUUGAAAAGCUUGAAAACGGUUUAUGUGAGACUCCUUAUGAUUUCAAUAAAGAUAUAUCUGAUAAAAGUCACACGGAUUUAAUUGUUAAGUUAAUUCAUUGAACAUUAAAGACAUCAAUAAAAAUGUUAUCAU